CCGCUCCGCCCUUAUAGCCACGGCCUCAAAGCGCGCGCGCCAUUGUGUGGCUGGGAUUCGGCCGCCGUUGUUCCUUCGUCCUCUGUUCGUGUUCUCUUAUUCUCCUUUUCUUUCCUUUUCCCCCUUCUAUCUUACCUUUUCUCUUCCUACCUUCCUAACCUCCUCACCCCUUUGACCUCCUCCUUUUCCCCCCCUUCCCCCGCCCACCAGCGGAAAUGCCGCGCGUCUACAUUGGGCGCCUCAGCUACCAUGUCCGCGAGAAAGACAUCCAGCGUUUUUUCAGUGGCUACGGGCGCCUGCUGGAAGUCGACCUGAAAAACGGGUACGGCUUUGUGGAGUUUGAGGACUCCCGCGACGCCGACGAUGCCGUUUAUGAGCUGAAUGGCAAGGACUUAUGCGGAGAGCGAGUGAUCGUGGAGCAUGCCCGGGGCCCCCGCCGGGACCGCGACGGCUAUAGCUACGGCAGCCGCAGUGGUGGUGGUGGAGGAUACAGCAGUCGAAGAGCUACUGGCAGAGAUAAAUACGGACCACCUGUUCGAACAGAAUACAGACUGAUUGUAGAAAAUCUUUCUAGUCGUUGCAGUUGGCAGGAUUUAAAGGAUUUCAUGAGACAAGCUGGAGAAGUAACAUAUGCAGAUGCUCACAAAGAACGCACAAAUGAAGGUGUAAUUGAAUUUCGUUCCUAUUCUGAUAUGAAGCGUGCUUUAGAUAAAUUGGAUGGCACAGAAAUCAAUGGCAGAAAUAUAAGGCUCAUUGAAGAUAAGCCACGAACAAGCCAUAGGAGAUCCUAUUCUGGAAGUAGAUCGAGGUCCCGAUCUAGGAGAAGAUCUCGAAGUAGGAGUCGAAGAAGCAGCCGGAGCAGAUCCCGUAGUGCUUCCAAAAGUCGCUCAAGAUCCAAAUCUAGAUCUCGAAGCAAAGAUCGUUCCCGUUCCCGAUCUAAAGGCAGGAAAUCUAGAUCAAAGAGCAAGUCUAAGGCCAAAUCCGAUAGAGGCUCUCGAUCUCGUAGCAGAUCCAAGGCAAAGUCAGAGAAGUCACAUAGUAGAUCCAGGUCUCCAUCUCCCAAAGAAAAUGGAAAAGGAGAAACAAAGUCAAAGUCAAGAUCAAGAAGCCAGUCUCACUCCAAUUCACCACAACCUCCACCACCAUCAAAGGCUCGUUCUGAGUCUCCUCCAGUCAAAAGGGCUACAUCAGUAUCUCACUCUAGAUCUCGGUCACGAUCGAGAUCUAGUUCAAGAGAUUAAAAGUCCAGAACUCCUUUGCACACUUACGGAACACUUUCUUACUUGCCAGGCAAUUAUUCUGUGAUGUUAGUACUUCCGGUGUUGGCCUCUUCUCAGGAGAAAGCCUGAACCAUAGGGGCAUAAAGGUUUGAUUUGGAAGCAAAAUUAAUGGGGAAGAAAUAAGGCUCUAGAGAAAUGGUGACACAAAGCAAGCAAAGACCCCCCUUUUGUAGAAAUUAAGCUCUUUGAUUUUAUAGUAUUUCAGCAGUAAUAACUUUUGUAGAGAUUAGGCUUACUUUUGAUUUUUAGCAUUUCAGCAGGAUCUGCUGUUGAAUGAAGUUUUCUUUUAAAGUAUUAAACUCUCAAAGAAAGGCUUUAAACUUUUAAAGCUUUGGAGAGGACUCAGUUGUUGGUUUUUUUUUUUUUUUUUUUAAUUAUGUUCAAGUUAAAAAUAAUCCUGAGUUGUAUUAAAGGUUUGCUACCAAGGAAAUGAAAGCCGCAGGUCAAUAUUAAAUGGCUUUUGAGCAGUUUUGUCUCGUAUCUAUUUUUUUGAAAAAAUACGAACUGUGUUGUAUAUGGUUAAGUGUAAAAUUAGGCAAACCUCAAAUCAGCAAUAAAUUCAAUUUGGUACACCAUUGUAUUUCCAUGUUAUUAAUUAAAACUUGCUAAAGUAAGUCUUCCCACCACCCCUACUUUUUUUUUUCUCCUCCCCCCAUAUUAGAAACAAAAGGUCUUUGUAGGUAGUCUUGCAUGAUGCAGGAAAUGUGGUAAAGAUGGAAGUGUUCUAACUUGAAGUUUGCUAGUGCCCUGGGUAAAUGAUAUUCCAAAUAUUUUUAGGUAAUUGUCUUAAUUACCAUUUUCUGGUAGUGGUUAGUGUCAAACAUAAUAGUUGCAGGAUUUGCAACUUGAAUGAAAGCAGCAGCUAUUCCUUAGUCUUCCACCAUAUUCAGAAUGGGAAGUGUGAAUAUUAGGUUAUCUUUCUGAAGUUAAUUACUUUUGUAAAACUAGAAUUGGAAAAUCAAUUCAAUUUAGUAAUUUGGAGGAUAGGGAUUUGAUCUAUUGUUUCCCUUAAAAUAGGGAUUCCUAGAUGAGGAAAUUUCAACUGCUGAUAUUGGUAGGCCACUUAGUAUUAAACAAUUCCCUUCAACACAGGUUAAGUGACAAUAUUUGGCGUUAAUCAGCCAAGUCUUCCUGUCCAAAAAAGUUGGCUUUCUCUGUUUAGCCAUACUGCCUCUAAUUCUAUUAAAAAGUAAAAUCCCAGUCCUUUAGUUAAGACAAUUUAAUAAUGUGCAAUUAGAAUUUCCUUGUAAAUUUUAUACAAAGUGUUUUUGGGUUUUUUUUUUUAAUCAGUGGUAAUUCCAAACCUUUUUUUUUUCCUCAUAAACUUAAAUUUCAUUCCUAGUAACGGGAAACUUGAAUUCAUAUUCAUGAUAACUACCAUUUAGAUUAAUAUAGAAUAUAUACAUGUAUGAUCAACAUCUUACAUGGUUGUAAAGUACUUGACUUGCUGAUUGAUACAAAGACAAAUUUGGGAGUUAGCCAGAUGUUUGUUGACUUGGUGAGGAUGAAUUAGUCAUUUCCAGGAUGAAUACAUUUAAAGUUUUUAUUACCUUGACAUUUACAACUGAGACCUUCCUCAGCUGUGUUCAUAAAGCAUAAUAUUUAUCUCAGUGGCAUAGAAAAAGGUUGAUAGAACAAAGAUCUGCAGUAGUAUGAUGAAUGAAGUCUUAAAUGUUAGGAUUAUAGUUUAUGUUUUAAUGAGUUCAUUGUUAAAAUUUAUAAGUAAAAUAGGGAUAACCAAAUAAGGGUAGUAGAAAGAUCCAACAUUCUAGCUCUCUUGCUAACAAGAUGUGCAGUUGGGGCAGUUCUUUUGCUUCUAGUUGUUUGAUCAGAAGAAAAGUAGAUCUAAAAAUCCCCAAAUUUUUAUCACAUUGGAAUAAUUUAGGAGAUUGAUGUUGAAAGACCUGACAAUUGCCUCAAACUUUGAAUUAGAAAAAUGAGGUGGACAGAGACUAGGAGGAGGACUGGUCCAGUUUAUCUAAAGGUGCAAACAUAAUUAGAAGUUGGGCUUUUAAAAACUAAUUUUAGGAUUCAUGUCUUCAAGGAACUCUGUAUUUUGAAGUAUAGAGAUUGUUAUAGAAGUUGUUUAAAUUGCUGCCAAAACACAAGAAGCAAAAAUAUUGAUGUUUUGCCUUGUGAUAACUAGGUUUUCCUUGUUAAGUUAUAAAAAAUGAGCUGCUUGUUUGGUUAAUUUUUUUUAUAUGUUUACUAUAAUAGGAUGUCUUUUAUUUGUAGAAGAGCCUAGGGUAUUGUAAGAUUAGAGAGUAGUUAACAACAGUCUGCUAUUUUUAUUCAUACUAGUGACCACAAGUAAAUGGUUGAGUGUACUAUCUCUUGGGCACUAAGCUAAAAUAAAAUCCAUGAAAUAGCUCA